AUGGGUUCUGAGGCGCCUGAUCACCCCGCUGAUGCUGCUGCACCCGUGCCUCUCGUUCGCCUGAACCAUGUGUCCUUCCUGUGUACGUCGGUGGAGAAGUCCGUCGACUUCUACCGCCGUGUGCUCGGUUUCGAGCUCAUCAAGCGGCCGGAGUCGCUGAACUUCAAAGGUGCUUGGCUAUACAAGUACGGGGUGGGAAUACAUCUUCUGCAGCGUGGCGACGCCGCCGAUUGCAGCAUCCCGACAAGACCGCCCCCGGCGAUCAACCCGAUGGGCAACCACAUUUCCUUCCAGUGCUCCGACAUGGCGCUCAUGAAGGCGAGGCUGCGAGACAUGGACAGGGAGUUCGUCGUGAGGAAAGUGUGGGACGGAGAAACGGUGGUGGAUCAGCUCUUCUUCCACGACCCGGAUAGCAAUAUGAUCGAGGUCUGCAACUGCGAGAACCUCCCCGUGAUACCCCUCGUCGACGUUGCAGCGGCCGGGCUUCCUGCGCUGUCGCCGGUGCAGACAAACGUCAUCCAUGGCUAAUUCCAGCUACCUCGUACUAUGUUCAUAUGGGGCUGGACAUAAAUCUAACUGUACACAUGAUUUCAUUCAUUCGAUUCGUUUGAAUUGCUUUGUUCGUCAGUUGUAUUGAAGUAUUCUAUUUGCUGCAUCAUGCAUCCAAGUUAGCUAUAACUGACUGUUGCGCAAUGUAUUAUAUAUGUACAAGUUGUUUAUAAUAAAGCAUUUUAAGUG